ACGAACUGAACCAGUCGUGGUUUCCAAAGGAAAAGUCCAACUCACACACAUUCAUUAUAUACAUAUAUAUAUAUAUAUAUAUCGAGAAUUUCUAGGAGGUCAUUUUAUUGUCAAUUUUCAGACAGCAGAUCUCAACAGAUAGAAGAUCUGAAAUUGUGCCUGCAGAUCCUUUGCAUAUGGCUGAGGAGAAAAGUGCAGGAAUCGCCAAGGAUAUCACUCAACUGAUUGGGGAAACUCCAUUGGUGUACCUGAAUAAUAUUGUCCAUGGAUGCGUUGCUCGUGUCGCCGCCAAGCUCGAAUCCAUGGAACCCUGCUCCAGUGUCAAGGACAGGAUUGGUUACAGUAUGAUCGCUGAUGCUGAGGCCAAAGGCCUAAUCACACCUGGAGAGAGUGUCCUAAUCGAACCGACGAGCGGCAACACCGGCAUCGGCUUAGCCUUCAUGGCGGCUGCCCGGGGCUACAAACUCAUCAUUACCAUGCCCUCGACCAUGAGCCUCGAGCGCCGAAUUAUCCUCCUUGCAUUCGGCGCAAAGCUUGUCCUCACUGACCCCGCCAAAGGCAUGAAAGGCGCGAUCCAAAAGGCCGAGGAAUUGAGGGACCAAACGCCGAAUUCUUACAUACUUCAACAAUUCGCCAAUCCGGCUAACCCUAAGAUACAUUACGAAACCACGGGGCCGGAGGUGUGGAGAGGAACCGACGGUAAGAUCGACGCGUUCGUUUCGGGAAUCGGGACGGGAGGCACGAUCACCGGCGCCGGGAGGUAUCUUAAGGAGAAGAAUCCCGACGUUAAGCUCUACGCUGUUGAACCUGUUGAGAGCGCGGUUCUUUCGGGAGGAAAGCCCGGUCCACAUAAGAUACAAGGGAUCGGGGCCGGAUUCAUACCUGAAAUUUUGGAUGUCGAUCUCAUCGAUGAAAUUGUUCAAGUUUCGAGCGAGGAGGCUAUCGAGACAGCGAAGCUUUUGGCUCUAAAAGAAGGACUUUUGGUGGGGAUAUCGUCCGGUGCUGCGGCAGCAGCUGCUAUUAAGGUUGCGAAACACCCUGAAAAUGCCGGGAAGCUCAUCGUGGUUAUUUUUCCGAGCUUUGGAGAGCGAUAUCUGUCGUCAGUGUUGUUCGAGUCGGUCAGAAAGGAGGCGGAGAACUUGCCGGUCGAGGCGUGAAAUCAAUCGAAUAAAAAUCAGCAGCAGACAUGGAAUAUGCAUUGUUAUCAGAUUGUAAUGAAAUGGUCAAUAAGGAGGAUAAUAAUUGUUGAAGAUACAUUGUUUCUCUGUUUUGUUCCUAUGUUGAAUUUCACCACUAUUAACCGUUUCUGUUUUUA